GCCGCUUGAUUAAAGUCGCAAAGAAGAAAAUGAUGGUGUGUGAACGGCAUUUCUGGAGGAUCAAAUAUUUUAUUCAUAUGUGAUAUGAUAUAGAACAAGAUUAUAGUGAAUAUUAUAUGAUAUGCCAACAUGAAUCCUGCGGAAGCUGAAAGUAUUGCUGACCUGGUUCAAAAUAUGAUCAUUUCUCUAUGCGGCGAACAAAAACCAGAAUUGAUUAGAAGAUUCAUGCGUUUUUCCCUUGGCUUAUUGUCGUCUACUCAAAGUAUAGAAACACUGAGAGAAGAUGAAGUAACUGUAGCGACAUGUAUAAAAAGUAAAUUAUCACCACGUGAUGCAGUGCAGUUUGAUAAGCUGCAUAACGAUUUAAAAGAUGGGCCAUUGAAGAAUCAUAUAAGCAUUCUGAUAUUUCUGCUGAACAUGGGCCAGUCAACAGAACAAAUAAAAGACAGGAUUUUUUCGUUUCCAGAUAUGAAAUCAGAGUUAAGCCCAAUUGCAUCUACCAGUGGACAAUUGUCGCAAACGUCAUAUUCUCAAGCACAAGUUGUGCCAUUAAAUACCACAGAAACAAGUUCAAAAGGGUUACUAACAAAUCCAAGUAAAAUAUUUAAUGAAGAGUGCAUUUCGGAAGAUAUAUUGGUUCAAGACUUGAUAUAUUCUUUCCAAGGUGUUGAAGGAAAAAUUUUAAAGUUAGAUUCGAGCUAUGGUUUUCAAAUAGAUCCUAUAGCAAAGAUUAAUAGAUCACAAAAACAAGCUGUUUUAAGGCUCAGUGAACUAGGAUAUCUACAUAAUGUAGUGCGGAAAGGAUUAGAGAGAAUGUCUGUGGCAGGUGCAGGUAGAGUCACUGAUAGUUUUGUUGCUGCGCUGCAUAAAGAAUUAUCAGAAUAUUACAGAUUCAUAGCCAUAAUACAAGAAGAAGUGAAUAGGUCACAAAAUCAAAUGAUCAGCUAUGGAGUUACUUUGUCUCAUUUACAUCUUUGGGCAUGCGAUCCUUUGGAAACUCUCAAAUGGUUAGCAAGUAUAGUAAGAGCUUGUCAAGGCCAAAAAGGUGGUGCAUUAGCAUCUACUAUUUAUGAAUUCAGUUAUCACGGAGAUAUCAAUGUAAAGACUUUAGUCAAAAGAGUUUUAGGAAGUGUUUGUAAUCCUUUAUAUAACAUGUUGAUGAGAUGGAUCGCUGAUGGAGAGUUAGAUGAUCCAUAUAAGGAAUUUUUUAUUCAAGCAUGCAAUGAUAUUAGUGGAGAUAGAAUGUGGCAUGAGAAAUAUCAAGUGAGAAAUUCAAUGGUGCCAUCUUUUCUUAGUAAAGCACGCAAAAAAAUUCUAGGAACAGGAAAAAGUAUUAACUUCUUACGUGAAGUUUGUAAAGAUUUUUCACCUUGGCAAGAUAGACAUGCAGAUAUGUUCAGAAAUAGUGAUGAAGAAUACAAUGUUGAAAUUUUUUUCGACAUGGAUCCAGAUGGUCGUUUGCAAACUAUGAUGGAUACUGCAUAUAAAGAAACUUCAACAAGAGUUGUUGAAAUAUUGACAAAACAAUAUCAUCUUAUGGAUCAUUUGCAGGGAAUUAAAGGAUAUCUUUUACUUGGUCAAGGCCACUUUAUUCAACAUCUUAUGCACUUAUUAGAACCCGAAUUAGCCAAGCCGGCAAGUUCUUUGUAUCCUCAUAACUUAUCAUCUAUACUUGAAACUGCAAUAAGAGCAACUAGUACAAAAUUAGAUGAUUUGGAUAUACAAAAACGUUUAGAUGUCAGAUUAUUAGCUCCUUCAGAAAGCGAAACUGGAUGGGAUGUUUUUAUUCUAGAUUAUAAUGUCGAUGGUCCUAUAGGAACGAUUUUAGAACCAUGCAGACAGACAUAUCAAACAGUUUUCUUUGCUUUAUGGAAAGCAAAGAGAAUGGAGUCGAUUUUAUCUGCUAUUUGGAAGCAACAAACAACAUCGGCUAAAAUGUUCAGAAAAAUGCCAGAAGUAUUGCCUAUCCAGAAUCAUAUUCAUCUAAUUAUUAGCAGUAUGGUCCAUUUGGUUCAUCAAAUGCAAUAUUAUUUUUUAUUUGAGGAUCGUGUAAAGAAAUUUUUAUUAAUGCUUGCCUCUGCUGAAGAUGUAUCGCUGCAGUUACUUAGUGUGCGAUUAGAUUUUAAUGAAUAUUACAAAAGUAAGGAUAGUCGACUAGUUGUGCCAUUAACAUAUCAACAUCGCAGACAAAGUGACCAGACUUUCUUUGAAUGCAAGUGA